AUGAGUGAUGAUCCUGACAGUGACAGCAGUGAAAACACUGCAAGUCGCAAAACGUCGUUUACUGACAGCUCAUCCAGGUCAUCCUCCGAAGCGCAAUCAGCAAAUAGAAAAGAUCUGAAAUCUGACUCCGAUAACGAUGCAAAACUGAAUUAUGGAACAGAUAAGGAAGAGGCGUUAUCCGAUGAUGCUAUGAACUAUGAAUCCGGCAAGAAUUCGGCUAUAUCUGGAUUUGAAAACGACAGCGUUGAGGAAGAUGACCAGCGGUCGCAGUCAACUACAGAGAGUGACGAGAUCCCGGAACUGGUAGAUGAUGAUGAUGAUGACGGGCAAGAUGAUGGUCAAGAAACGCAGGAUGAUGAAAACUCAGAUGAGGAGAUAUCCGACGAGGCAGAUGAGGAGUUCAUCAAAAAGCAAAUUGAAAAAUUGAUAAUUCGACGGAAUAAAAAAGAUAACGAAGCUCGUUUGAGGUAA